UGCGGAGCACGAACUGGGGACCCAGAUUUCAGAGGCUUCUUCCUUCCUCCACUCUUCUCCUCCAUCCAUUCCUCCCAUCAGCAGUCAACUGGGCGGCUGUGCCACCACUGAUAUGGACCCGCGGAAAUGCAGACAAGGCUGAAAAAGACGGAGUGAAAAAGAAGACAAUAACUUGAAGCGGCGCACAGGCAGGUAAACCAUGCCAUUGGUAAAACGCAGUAUAGAGCCGAGACACCUGUGUCGAGGUGCAGUACCUGAUGGAGUCACCAGUGAACUGGAGUGUGUUACCAAUAGCACCCUCGCUGCCAUCAUCAAACAGCUUGGUAGCCUCAGUCGUCAUGCGGAGGACAUCUUUGGAGAGCUGUUCAAUGAAGCCAACAGCUUCUACAUGAGAAUGAACAACCUACAGGAGAGAGUAGACAUACUGGCUGUCAAAGUCACACAGCUAGACUCCACCGUGGAAGAAGUCUCUCUGCAGGACAUCAACAUGCGUAAAGCGUUUAAGAGCAGCACCAUCCAAGACCAACAGGUGGUUUCACGGACCUCAGUCCCCAACCCUGUGGUAGAGAUGUACCAUCGCUGUGACAAACCUCCACCGCUCAACAUACUCAGUACCUAUAGGGAUGAUAAGAAGGAUGCGUUGAAGUUCUAUACAGACCCCUCCUACUUCUUCAUGCUGUGGAAAGAAAAGAUGCUGCAGGCCACGGAGGACAAGAGGAAGGAGAAGAGACGACAGAAGACCAGCUGUCCGACCCACUCUGACCAGGGUAGACCCCACAGCAGACAGGCUCCACCUCGCAGCCCACUACCCAGCUCUGAGCAGCACAAACAGGUAGAGGACCCGGGAAGGGAGGUGAAGAAGGUUCGUAAAGCCCGUAAUCGCAGACAGGAGUGGAAUAUGAUGGCUUAUGACAAGGAGUUCCGCCCCGAUACCAGACUAACCCCCUCACCCUAUCACGGAAUGUCCUCCGAGGGGUCGAUAUCACCCGAUAACAGGUCUGUGGCAUCAGACAUGGGCGAGCUCUCCUACCCGUCCAGCCCUAACCACCCCUCCCAGCCCCCCUCCGCCCCCCACCCCAUCGACGGUGUCCCCCACCUCACCCAGACACCACAGACCCAGUCCUUAGACAGGGGUGGGUACCCCCCUAAUCUCCCAUCUGGUGUAGUCACUGGGGGAAGACAUAUCGCCUCUCUGGGGCGCCUCUCUGGGGCGCUCCCCCACGCACCCCCUGCCUCCUCUGAGGGGGGAGCACUCAAUGGGCCACGGCAGCAGUCUGUCAAGGACUACAGGGCAUAUGGCGGCCAGCCAUCAGCCAUCCCCGAGUACUUCACCCCCCCUGCCCCUCCCCCUCCCCCACCCCUCAUCCCGUCCGCCCAGACUGUCUUCGACUCCACCUCCUCCUCCCCCAUUCUCCCCCCCGGGGCCGUGGCGGUCAUGUCCCGCCCUUACAGUCCCUCCCCUACUCCCCCCGCCCCCCCUGCCAACUAUGUUCCCUCCCCCUCUCACACCCCCUCCGGUGCCCCUCCCGCUGCCCCCCCUCCUCCCCCACCUGGUCUACCCCCCUCCCAUAUCCUGCCUCUGGCUCACGCCAUUGGUGGAGAAGCUCCUGCCACCAGGAAGGGCCAGAUGCCGAUGAUUCCGAUAAGCGACGCUCGCAGCGACCUGUUGGCUGCCAUACGUAGAGGUAUCCAGUUGAGGAAGGUCCAGGAACAGAGAGAGCAGGAAGCGAAGAGAGAGCCAGUUGGAAACGACGUGGCCACCAUCCUAUCACGUCGCAUCGCCGUCGAGUACAGUGAAUCAGAUUCCGACUCCGGCGGGGAGGACAACGGGGAGUGGUCCGACUGAAAUGGCUCAGGGGUCAAUAGAUUAAAGGGGACAAGUGUUAGGGGUCAAGUGGAGGUGCUUGUGAGGAAAGGGUGUUCAAAACUUUAUUCAAAAUUAUUGAAUUAAAUUUCUGUUGCCCACCACACACAUAUAGACUUUAAAGGGAUAGACCAACCACCAACCUACCUAACCUACCUAACCUACCUAACUCCCCCACACAUUGUUGUGUGCUUAAGUAGUACUGAUAAACACACUACAUGACUUCUACUCACUAUAGCACUACAACACAAUCGAUGAAGCAAUGCUAUAGUAGA